GAAGGGUUGUGACAGUGAAUCUCAUGGCUCCUGUUCACUUAUGAUUACCUUUAGAUCUAGUUAAAGCCCACAGACCUUUACACCUGGGUAGAAGAAAGUGAAUAUGGCUGCUACACGACGUCUGUCUCACUCAGUGGCCGUGAUCACAAUCAACCACCCUCCUGUCAAUGCACUAAGUCACUCUCUCCGUCGCUCAAUAGCGAAAGAAUUUGGAGAUGCCAGUAAGGAUUCCUCAAUAGAGGCUAUUGUUCUCUGCGGGGCCAAUGGCAAUUUCUGUGCAGGUGCAGAUAUCAAGGAGUUUGGCUCUUCAACUUUGGACUCUGUCUCUUUAAAUAAUAUAAAUGAUACAAUUGAACGAUGCAAGAAGCCUGUGGUAGCUGCCAUCGAAGGGGUGGCUCUUGGUGGUGGGCUGGAGCUAGCACUGUCUUGUCACUACCGUGUGGCAAAUGUACAGGCCCGUGUAGGUCUCCCUGAGGUACUUAUCGGCAUUCUUCCAGCAGCUGGAGGUACCCAGCGCCUGCCUCGAUUAAUAGGUAUUCCUGCUGCUUUGGAUAUGAUCGUUCGAGGGAGACAUGUUCCUGCGACUGAAGCACUGCAGCUGGGAGUUGUGGAUGAAGUGGUAAAAGCCAACACCGUCGAUGCAGCCAUACAGUUGGCCAGAAAAGUUUUAGGACAAUCUUUGGAAACACGAAGGCUUAGCACUUCUCCUGUCCAGUCCAUUCCCAAUAUGGACAACUUCCUGAACACUGCAAUGACAAAGGCUAAGAGGCAGUUUCGUGGGGCACAAGCUCCUCUAGCAUGCAUUGAGGCAGUAAAAGCCUCCAUUGUUUUGCCUUUUCAGAAAGGCUUAGAGAAGGAAAGAGAGCUAUUCACAUCUUUAUGGUCUACGGGGCAGCCACAGGCCCAGCAGUAUGCUUUCUUCUCAGAAAGGGAAGUUGGAAAAUGGACAACGCCCUCUGGUGGGAGAUGGGACAAAGUGGCACCCAAAGCAAUCCGUACAGCUGCUGUCAUAGGACUGGGGACAAUGGGAAGAGGUAUAGUUACUUCCUUGUCAAAGGCAAAUAUUCCAGUAAUUGCCUUAGAGCAAGACACAAAGCAGUUGGAUAUCGGUAGACAAGCUGUAAAUGCCCUACUUGAUCGUGAAGUUUUAAAGUUGAAACAGCAAGGAAAAGCAUCAUCUCCUGGGGACGGACUUGGUUCUGUGACAUUUACUCUAGACUUUGGAGACCUCCACAAUGUAGACCUUAUUAUUGAAGCUGUAUAUGAAAACCUGCAACUGAAAAAAGAGAUAUUCCAUAAAUUAUCUGCCAUAGCCAAACCUGAUGCUUUCCUCUGUACCAACACAUCAGGUCUUAAUAUUGAUGAAAUUGCAUCUGUCACAAACCGGCCUGAGCAAGUCAUUGGUACCCAUUUCUUCUCACCUGCCAACAUCAUGCGGCUCUUAGAAGUAGUUAGAGGUCAUCACACAUCUCUUACAACUAUUGCUACUGCCAUGAACCUUGGCAAAUCAUUGGGAAAGGUUGCGGUACUUGUGGGCAACUGCCCUCUGUUUGUUGGCAACCGCAUGCUGGGUCCAUACCUUGAACAAGCAGGCUAUCUGUUAGAAGAAGGCUGUUAUCCAGAAGAGGUGGACCAGGCACUCGAGGAAUUUGGCUUUGCAAUGGGCCCUUUUAGAAUGAUGGAUCUCGCAGGUUUGGAUGUAGGGUGGAGGUCACGUACGGAGCAGGGACUAACUGGUCCUAAUGCUCCUCCAGGAUUCAGUGCCAGGCAGCGCAAUGGUAAGAGAUAUAGCCCUCUUGCAGAUAUGUUGUGUGAGUUAGGGAGAUUUGGACAAAAAUCCGGUAAGGGCUGGUACCAGUACGAGAAAGCAGGUGGAAGAAAUGCCAAACCUGACCCAUGGGUGAGAGACUUCCUUGAGAAAUACAGAAGAACUCACCAAACUGAGCAGCACCCAGCAAAUCCACAAGAGAUUCAAGAUCGAUGUUUAUAUGCACUCAUUAACGAAGGAUUUAGAAUUUUAGAAGAUGGAAUAGCCUCUGGACCAGAAGAUAUUGAUGUCAUAUAUAACAAUGGCUAUGGCUUUCCUAAACAUAGAGGUGGCAUAAUGUAUUACGCAGCCACAGUUGGUUUGACAAAAGUGUUUAACACACUAGAUAAGUAUAGUAAGGCCAACGCUGAUGUACCAAGCAUGAAGCCCACUUUCUUACUGAAGAAAUUGGCAGCAGUCGGAGGACCUCCAAUCAAAGAGUGGAGAACACAAAUCGGAAAUUCCAACAGCAGGCUGUGAUUUCAAGGUGGCUGAUGCUUUCUUAAAAAAACAAAAAAUGAUGGUACAACACAUUUUAUAUUAAACAGUUACCCAGCCUAAACAUGUGUACUUGAGAGGAACUAUAAUUGUUACUAAUACAUUAUAUUCUGCUUUAGGAUCAAUACAUUUGACAAUAUUAAUUAGGUUGAAAAUUAAAAUACUUAAAAAUCAAGGCACAUUCCAGUGUAGAAGAGGUGUUCUGGUCCAGAAUGACUUAAAAAUAUAGUCUUAAUUAUAUACUUCUUGUAUGUUUUCUGUGUUUUCUUUAAGCUUGGUUAAUGAAGGUUGUCUGGGUAAGAAUGUUUGCUUCUCUAAUUUUUAAUAUGUAGUUGUCAAAUAGUUCCUCAUAUCAAUAAUUAUGCAAUACAGCCACAUUCGGUAUCAUCAGGAGUUGACUUUCAUAAAUACUGAAAUGUAAAAAUUGGGAUUUUACUUGGGUAUUUGUUCAUUACUCCCAUUAUGUAUAUUUUAUAGCUUGCCUUAAAAUUUGAAGUCCUAUGCCAUAGCAAACUCACAAUGGGUGCAUUUCAACUAACCAGGGCUACAUCUUCACUUGCCAGUAGCUAUUGGAAAUAGUGAUUGUAAAUUUUUA